AUUUUUAGUAGAGAUGGGGUUUAGCUCUUGUUCAGGCUGGUCUCCAAUUCCUAAGCUCAAGGAAUCCGCCCGCUUCAACCUCCCAGAAUGCUAGAAUGACAGGCGUGAACCAUCGCGGCAGGCCCCAAGUGCUUCUCUUGCACCAAUCCUCAGAUCUCAAGGCAAAGGGAUACACUCCCUAGCCUGGGAGGGCCGGGAGCCAUGGCCUUUGGCAUGGCCAGUAGCCCAUUCCCAUUUCCGGCUUAAGCUUUGGCCGGAAAAGAUCCCUUCCAUUUCCUUCACACUAACGGACAAUAAAGGAGGCCUCGAGCUAGGCAGGCCGGGCUGUAACUCAGCUGCUGACAGGGAGGAAAUCUCCAGAAAGCCAAGCCGCCAACAAAGUGUACUCAACUCGAAGAGCAAAAGGAUAAGCUGCUGUAGGGCAGAGGCCAAACCACAACCCCAGCUGUCCCCGCGAAGCCAGUAGAAGAAGCGCGCCCUCCUAUUGGAUAGCGAAAAGCAGCGUGUCCUUACGCCUCGCCCCCGUAGGCAAGCCCCCUGCGCGCGGGGCACGGCGGGAGUGAAGUCGGCGGGACUGACCGCUGUACUUCAUCUCCCGGCGGGCCGAGCGCUGAAGGCGACGGCGCGGCGCCUUUGUGGAAGCUGUGGCAUCGCGCGGAGGAAGUUCCGGUCUCCGCGGCGUCGGGUCGGUGGUGGCUGCUGAGGAGGAGGAGGAGCGGGCCUUGGGGGCUGCGCUGCCUCGAGUCUUACUCUGUCAUCUGAGUUAGAGUGCAGUGGUACAAUUGUAGCUCACUGCUGCUGCAAACUCCUGGGCUCAUCAGUCUUCUUACCCUUGUCCAGAAGAUUGAGGCAGAAUUCACCUGGGACUACAGGUACUGCUAUAACCAGUGUUUGUUAGAACAAGAAUCUACUUAUUGGGGUCCUCUUGACAUAGAAAGAAAUGUGGGGGGAUUCUCGAUCUACUAACAGAAGAGGACCUUUUCGUGGGAGCCAAGAAGAAAGGUUUGCUCCCGGGUGGAACAGGGAUUAUCCUCCUCCUCCCCUUAAGAGUCAUGCUCAAGAGAGACACUCUGGCAACUUUCCUGGCAGAGAUUCACUUCCCUUUGAUUUCCAGGGACAUUCGGGGCCUCCCUUUGCAAAUAUAGAGGAGCGUUCUUUCAGCUAUGGAGCUAGAGAUGGACCGCAUGGUGACUAUCGAGGAGGGGAGGGACCUGGACAUGAUUUCAGGGGGGGAGAUUUUUCAUCUGAUUUUCAGAGUAGGGAUUCAUCACAGUUGGACUUCAGGGGUAGGGACAUACAUUCUGGGGAUUUUCGGGAUAGAGAAGGACCACCUAUUGACUAUAGGGGUGGGGAUGGUACUUCUAUGGAUUAUAGAGGUAGAGAGACAUCUCACAUGAACUACAGAGACAGGGAUACUCACACUGUUGACUUUAGAGGUAGGGAUGCUCCUUCAUCUGACUUCAGGGGCCGGGGCACUUAUGAUUUAGAUUUUAGAGGUCGGGAUGGAUCCCAUGUAGAUUUUAGGGGGAGGGAUUUAUCAGAUUUGGAUUUCAGGGCUAGAGAUCAUGCCCGUUCUGAUUUUAGGAAUAGAGAUUUAUCUGAUUUGGACUUCAGGGACAAAGAUGGAACACAAGUAGACUUUAGAGGCCGAGGUUCAGGUACUACUGAUGUAGACUUUAGGGACAGGGAUAUACCACAUUCAGAUUUCAGAGGUAGACACCGGUCCAGAACUGAUCAGGAUUUUAGGAGCAGAGAAAUGGGACCUUGUAUGGAAUUUAAAGAUAGGGAGAUGCCCCCUGUGGAUCCAAAUAUUUUGAAUUACAUUCAGCCCUCUGCACAAGUUAGAGAACAUUCUGGUAUGAAUGUGAACAAGAGAGAAGAAUCCACACAUGAGUAUACCGCAGAAAGGCCUGCUUUUGGGAUUCAGAAGGGAGAAUUCAAGCAUUCAGAAACAAGAGAAGGAGAAACAGAAGGUGUAGCCUUUGAGCAUGAGUCUCCAUCAGACUUUCAGAACAACCAAAGUCCAAUUCAAGACCAAGAUGAGUCCCAACUUUCUGGAGAUAAACAGCAGAAUUCAGAUGCUAGUAUGUUUAAAGAAGAAGGUGGUCUGGACUUUCUUGGCCAGCAAGAUACUGAUUACAGAAGCAUGGAGUACCGUGAUGUGGAUCACAGGCUGCCAGGAAGCCAGAUGUUUGGCUAUGGCCAGAGCAAGUCUUUUGCAGAGGGCGAAACUGCCCGAGAUGCCCAACAGGACCUUCAGGAUCAAGAUUAUAGAACUGGCCCAAGUGAGGAGAAACCCACUAGGCUUAUUCGAUUAAGUGGGGUGCCUGAAAAUGCUACAAAAGAAGAGAUUCUUAAUGCCUUUCAGACUCCUGAUGGCAUGCCUGUCAAGAACUUGGAGUUGAAGCAGCAUAACACAGGUUACGACUAUGGCUAUGUCUGCGUGGAGUUUUCACUCUUGGAAGAUGCCAUCGGAUGCAUGGAGGCCAACCAGGGAACUCUAAUGAUCCAUGACAAAGAGGUUACUCUUAAGUAUGUACCAAGCCUGGAUUUUUGGUACUGCAAACGAUGUAAGGCUGGCACUGGUGGGCAGAGAUCUUCGUGUUCAUUCUGCAAGUGUCCACGGGAAGCAACAGAGACCAAGCAAGAAUUAAUAACCUACCCUCAGCCUCAGAAAACAUCCAUACCAGCAUCACUGGAAAAGCUACCCAGUCAGCCCCCAAGACCAGCUGAUAAGGAACCUGAACCUAGGAAGAGAGAAGAAGGGCAAGAACCACGCUUGGGUCAUCAGAAGAGAGAAACAGAAAGGUAUCAGCCUCCUCGAAGAGAAGGGCUCGCUUUCCGAAGAGACCGAGAGAAGGAGCUGUGGUCUGGAGACACACGCCAGGAUGCAGAGAGCAAAACAAUCAUGCUAAAACGCAUUUAUCGUUCUACUCCUCCUGAAGUAAUAGUGGAAGUCCUAGAGCCCUAUGUUCGCCUUACUACUGCUAAUGUUCGUAUCAUCAAGAACAGAACAGGCCCUAUGGGCCACACCUAUGGCUUUAUUGACCUCGACUCCCACGCGGAAGCUCUUCGCGUAGUGAAGAUCUUGCAGAACCUUGAUCCACCAUUUAGCAUUGAUGGAAAAAUGGUAGCUGUAAACCUGGCCACUGGAAAACGAAGAAAUGAUUCUGGGGAUCAUUCUGACCACAUGCAUUACUAUCAGGGUAAAAAAUAUUUCCGAGAUAGGAGGGGAGGCGGCAGAAAUUCAGACUGGUCAUCAGAUACAAAUCGACAAGGACAACAGUCGUCAUCUGACUGUUACAUAUAUGAUUCUGCUACUGGCUACUAUUAUGACCCCUUGGCAGGAACUUAUUAUGACCCCAAUACCCAGCAAGAAGUCUAUGUGCCCCAGGACCCUGGGUCACCUGAGGAAGAAGAGAUCAAGGAAAAGAAACCCACCAGUCAAGGAAAGUUAAGUAGCAAGAAAGAUACCCCUAAAAGAGACAGCAAGGAGAAAAAAGACAGAGGAGUGACACGGUUUCAGGAAAAUACCAAUGAAGGGAAGGCCCCCCCAGAGGACGUCUUUAAGAAGCCCCUGCCUCCUAUUAUGAAGAAGGAAGAAAGUUCUCCUCCACCUAAGGUGGUAAACCCAUUAAUUGGCCUCCUGGGUGAAUAUGGAGGAGACAGUGACUAUGAAGAGGAAGAAGAGGAAGAACAGACCCCUCCCCCACAGCCCCGAACAGUGCAGCCCCAGCAGCGGGAAGAGCUGACCAAGAAGGAGAAUGAAGAAGACAGACUCACUGACUGGAAUAAACUGGCUUGUCUGCUCUGCAGGAGGCAGUUUCCCAAUAAAGAAGUUCUAAUCAAACAUCAGCAGCUGUCAGACCUGCACAAGCAAAACCUGGAAAUCCACCGGAAGAUAAAACAGUCUGAACAGGAGCUAGCCUACCUGGAGAGGAGAGAACGAGAGGGAAGAUUUAAAGAAAGAGGAAAUGAUCGCAAGGAAAAGCUCCAAUCUUUUGACUCUCCAGAAAGGAAAAGGAUUAAAUACUCCAAGGAAACUGACAGUGACCGUAAACUUGUUGAUAAAGAAGAUACCGACACUAGCAGCAAAGGGGGCUGUACCCAACAGGCCACUGGCUGGAGGAAAGGGACAGGCCUGGGAUGUGGCCAUCCUGGAUUGGCUUCUUCAGAGGAGACUGAAGGCCGAGUGAGGGACUCCAGCACUGGGGCCCCAGGAAGAACCAGCAAGAGACAGUCCAAUGAGACAUACCGAGAUGCUGUUCGAAGAGUCAUGUUUGCUCGGUAUAAAGAACUCGAUUAAGAAUGGAGACAAUUCCUCCAGGACACACCUCUUCUUGUUUUGUCUGUCUCUCCUUUUGUUUUGUUACUGUUCUUGCUGCUAGAACUUUUUUAAAUAAACUGUUUUUCAAUGUGA